AUUCUUUUAUCUAAAUUGCUACGCAGUAUAUGUAGUUAAAAUUGGUUAGAAUGUAAAAUUUUAACUAAAAUAAUACAUUUUAAUCGCUUUAAUAGGUACUUUGAGAAUACUGAAAUAUCAGUGUUAUUUAUUAACAAAGACCCUUUCAAUUUAUAAAAAUGGUGUCCAAGAAAAAAAAGAAGUAUUCAACGGGCGAAGGAGCACAGUUCAUAACAAGGAAAGCAGCGUUGAAAAAGCUUCAGUUAUCUCUUAAAGACUUCAGGCGAAUAUGCAUUCUCAAAGGCAUAUACCCGCGAGAACCACGAAACAGAAAGAGGGCCCAAAAAGGAGCCGGCGGCAUCAAAACGCUUUAUCACACGAAGGACAUAAAGUUCCUGUUACAUGAACCUAUAAUAUGGAAACUGCGAGAGUUGAAAGUCUAUCAACAAAAAAUACGCAAAGCGCGCGCUCAACGAGAAUAUCGGAAGAUGAGACAAUACUUCCGUGACUAUCCAGAGAUAAAUAUAGACCACAUCGUCAAAGAACGCUAUCCUACAUUCGUAGAUGCUUUAAGAGAUCUUGAUGACUGUUUGACACUUUGUUUCCUAUUCAGCACCUUCCCAUCUUUGAAGAAAGUGCCCAGAGACCAGUCUCUACUCUGCAGACGCCUGACUGUUGAGUUUAUGCAUGCAGUGAUUACUGCUAAAGCACUGCGCAAAGUCUUUGUUUCAGUUAAAGGUUACUACUAUCAAUGCGAACUAGAGGGGCAGACUAUUACAUGGAUUGUGCCGCAUCACUUUUCAUUCCAACCUCAAAGCAAGGAUGAAGUAGACUUCAAAAUCAUGUCUACAUUUGUUGAGUUUUACAUAAUGAUGCUGGGAUUUGUUAACUUCAAACUAUAUCAUUCUCUGAACCUUGUAUAUCCACCGAGACUGACAGCUGCAUUCAAUUCAGAUACUGAAAAAGACCUUAUUGAUGAACAUGCAUAUGUAUCAGAGAGGAUAGCUGCCAUGAACUUAUCUCUAGCCAAAGUAGCUGGGUCUAAUGAGGCAGAAGAACUGCCCGAGAUUGAUAUCUUUGACACAGAAGACAAAGAUCCACAAAAGCUUGAAGAAGCUAAAUUGGAAGCUGAAAAGGUUAAGAAACUGAAGACAAUGUUCAAAGGCUUGAAAUUCUUUAUAAACAGAGAAGUGCCCAGAGAACCAUUGGUCUUUAUUAUUCGGUGUUUUGGAGGUGAAGUCUCUUGGGACAGAGACCAUUUUGUUGGUGCCACUUUUGAUGAAUCAGACGAGUCCAUUGCCUACCAAAUUGUUGACAGGCCAAGUAUGGAUAAACAGUACCUGUCCCGUUACUAUGUCCAGCCUCAGUGGGUGUUUGAUAGUGUGAACGCAAGGAUGUUGCUACCAAUUAACAAAUACUUGAUGGGAGCUACUCUGCCACCGCAUCUGUCACCAUUUGUUGAUAAAAUAAGAGAUCAAGUUUACAUGCCACCUGAGCAAAAGGCACUCAAUGAUCCCAACUUUAAGCCACUAAAUGAUGAUGAUGAUCCAUCAGAUGAAGACAUUGAGGAAGCCAGUGAUGAGGACAAGGAGGAACAGAGCGAACCAGAAGAUGCUGAGCAGGCACUGACAAAGCAAUACCAGCAAGAAGUAGAACAAGAAACAUCUUCUGAGGAUGAUGACAAUGAUGAUGACAUAGAUCCUGAAAAGAAGAAACUAGCAAAGGAAAAGAAAAAAUCAAUGGCAGUUAAUCCAGGUGUGCCCCACAAGGAAAAUCCUUACCAGAAGCAAAUUGAAGAUAAGCAAGCUUUCAGACUUCGAGAGAAACUCGUGCGAAAGAAGCACAGGAAUUUAUACAAGAGCAUGAAAGCUGGUCAGGAACAAAGGAAAAAGGAUAUAUGGCUGCUUAGGAAGAAAAGACGUCUUCAUGACGAAAAAGUCAAGGAAGAGAAAAAGGCCGAGAAACGGAAACAGAAAACGCAAGCUUUGGAAGCGGCUUUAGCGUAAAUGUGAAAUAAUAAACAAAAUUUCUGUAAAA